AUGCCAGAGAUGAGUGCCAAGAACGGAGUCAGAAAGCGAAAGUUCGAACAAGAUGAGGGUGAUAUCAAUUCCCAAGUUCUUGAGCUCCAGUCAAAAGUUGCUCGUCUCGACGAAAUGAACUUCCUCGAGUCUCUAGACGAGCUCCGAACGCAGCACGAAAGAGAGCUUCAGAAGAUCCGCGCUACCAACGAGAAGAAACACAAAGAAUUUCUCAAGAGCCAGAAGGAAUUGACGAGCGCUCUGACUACCACAGAAUCCAAGUUGAGCGAGGUGACGGACAAAAUCUCAACAAUCGUCGAGCAGAAUACUCUCUUGCUUCAACGAACAGAAAAACUUGAAGCAGAACUAGAGGCUGAGCGCAACAAAGGAUUCAUCAACUACAUCAAGAGCUUCUUCCGACGAAAAACAAAGACUGAAACUCCGCCAGCUGCAGAAGAGCAAAAUCAAGAAGCGCAAGCUGAGGUGCAAGAAGCGGAGGCCUCCAAGAAAAACGAAGAGCAAAAAGAAUCCACCGAAAAUUCUGACGACAAAAAAGAAGAAUAA